AUUCAUAAAGCGUUCCUUCUAACCGGAAAUGCUACUUCAGCUUGUACAUUGUCGCUAGAUGGUGGAUAUACUGCACCGCCUCGGGUGUGCUGUGGUGUAGAUGCGAUGGAUAGGAACAACGCGGUAAAACUCUUUGUGGGUAAUCUUGCGUUGGACACCUCCCAAGAGGAUCUGAUGACUUUAUUUGCUCCAUAUGGCCAAGUUGUAGGCUGUAGUGUUCUUAGGCAGUUUGCCUUUGUGCAUCUGCAGGGAGAUGGGGCAGCAGACCGCGCAAUACGCGAUUUAAAUGGCCGUGAUUUCAAAGGUCGAAACCUAGUGGUGGAGGAAUCUCGAGGGAGACCCCUAAAUUCAACCAAGGUGUUUGUGGGCAACCUGAGCGCUAUGUGCACUGCAGAGGAUCUACAAGAACUUUUCCAGACCUUCGGCAAAGUAAUUGAAUGCGACAAAGUUAAAGCCAGACUGUCGUCGUCAGCAGGCUAUGCCUUUGUUCAUAUGGAGCGUAGGGAAGAUGCUUUGACUGCCAUCGAAGCUCUCCAUGGAACGACAUAUAAGGGUCGCCCACUCUCUGUGGAGCUCUCCAAGAUCCAGCCCAGCAAGCCAGUUACUACCUGCAUGAUCCCCUGUGUCACUUGUGGAAAGCUCGGCCACUAUGCAGGUGACUGCCCGGCUGGGAAGGCCUCCAUGGAGCACCACCAGAGUCAGGCUGCUGUUCUGGCUGCGGCGGCAGCAGCCGCAGCCGGCCUUCCCCUUCAGGUGCAGCAGAGUGUGCACAACUCUUUCUACAACACCACAAGCUUCGAUCCGACGUUAACGGCUUUGAAGAACCUGACAAGCGGCACCAGCGAUGGCAAGCCGGUCAGCGCGGCUGUCUACGGAGCCCUUGCCAGUCAGGUGUAUGGGUCUGUCGCAGAUCAGGUCUUAGUGGGAGACCAAAACGACGCCCCAGAUGGCUACAACAGUCAGUACAAUCCAGCGGUAGCAAAAGCUCCAACCCCUGCUGUUGUAGACAACCCAGCGUACAACGCCACCCCUGCCCUCCACAGCGCCGCCACAGCCCAUGGUGCAGACUCCACUGCCCAGGCCAUCUUUGAAGCAGCGCGCGCACGUUUUUUUGAACAAGGUCAACAGGUUCUCGCAGAGCAGCAAGCCGUCGCAAAACCACCAGAAAGGGACCGCAGUCGUAGCCCGGUGCGACGCUCUCUCCUACCCGAUCCAGUUCCAAAACCUUUUGCAUCACAGCAGCAGCCGCAACAGCUGCAGCAGCAGCAACAACAGCAGCAGCAGCAGCAGCAGCAGAGAGCAGCACGGCGCGCCCUCCUUCCCACACCACCCGGUGGGCCAGAGGAAGCUCCAUGUGUAGAUGAGGACCCAAUCACCAGGUGCUACGCCGAGUACUACCAGCAGUGCCAGCAGUACCAACAGUAUCAGCAGUAUCAGAUGUACCAGCAGUACCAGCAGUACACCUACCCGCCGCCACCGCCACCCAUGCCCGUCGCCCCUGUGCAGCAACCAAUGAUGAACCACAUGAUGGAUGUCCAGCAGCACUACAUGAUGCCUGGCGCUGCCAACUCACCUAGCGUGUAUGAGCCGCCGCCAUCACACAAGGAGCCCCUCCUCCGCCGUCCUGACUACUCCCACUUACACACACCAGAGCCCCCAUACCGAUAGGUCUUAGCACAUCAGCUGUGUGUGUGUGUGUGUGUGUGUAUGAGAGGGCGCGCGCUUGUGAGAGAGAGUGUGUGUGUGUGUGUGUGUGUGUAUGGAUGUGGGGAGGGGGAGCGGGGUACAAAUGCUGAAUAUGUGUUGCUGGUCCUGUAUAAGAGCAGUGUAUGUGGCUUUGAGUUGACUGGGGGAGUGAGUGUUGAAUAUUGGUAAUGACAUCCUUAGAAAGAGAGUCCAUGGAGUCCCAAAGGUCAGACGAACUAAACUUGUAGUGUGGAUAAUAUCUGCCAUCACAGUGGGCCACCUUCUUGCUGUCUCGACCCAUCUGGUUAUUUAGUUUUACCAGAUGAACUUUUUGCCUGAUUGGAGUUUAGAGUUGCAUUUGGUUUAUUUGAUUACCAUUGAUUUUUCAAUACAUGUGGCCAGAAAUAUCCACUGAAUGUGCCUUCUAAAUAAUUGUGACCAGUGUCUGUACCAUUGCUUACUUAACCAUCGUACAGAUAUUACUGAGGACUCCAAGGGAGAUUUAGGGUUGUCUGCUGUAGGUGUGAACUAGACUUUUGCUUUUUUGCUCCUCAUUGUAGACAUUUUUGUUUCUAGUUUUAGAACCAAGAUUUUUUUUGUUUUUUGUUGGUUUUUUUCCCGAGUAUUUGAUCCAUACAUGUUAAAGGACAGUACAGGUAUGCGGGAUGCUUAGUGAAGGGCCUGUGUGUGCACGUGGUGGUGUGAGUGAAGUGCCAGACCAUUUUGACAGGGAACACUUAGGAUACCAUCCCCAGCGUAGGUCACAUACAGGACAGGGUCACACACUUACAUACUGUAGUCGCUUUGUCCAAUUCUCUUUAUUGGGAUCGGAAGAGGCUUCUGGGGUCAGUCGUAGUUAACUGCAUCACAUCAACAAACCCACUGCCAUUUUCAUUGAAGCCUCCGGUUCCUACCUAGACAAACUUGCUUCAUACACACAAUCCAGCACAUUCCCUUCCAGUGCAGACUUCAUGGUCUGCACAUCCCUUUAAACAAACCAAACCUCCGAAUUUUUUUUCGAUCACCAUUGCUAAGGGGCGAAACAGACCUCUAGAGGGGAUCAAUCUAUUGGACAUGCCUUGAGGGGGGAGGACUAAUUUUAUCAGGCAUCCGUUUGCAUAAUGGUUUUUCUGACUCCUAUACUCCUAUACUUCCUAUACUCUGCGUGAUGCAAAGAGUGUUACGGCAUAGCUGUCAAAUGGUUAAAGAACAGAGCUGUCCAUGCUUAUCGCUGAUGAGCAUGCGUCUUCAUCUUCUGCACCCUGGUCAACAUGUCUGAAAAGAGCAGGAUGUUUUGAAAUUUUAUUUUUUCUUUCUCAUGUCAUUCUUUCUUAGUUGGGAGGCCUUAACGUAAAAACCACUGUCAAUAUGUCCUGUUUUCAUUUUUAUUACUUCAAUUUGACUCUCACCAUCACACAUGUCACAGCCGUCAUCUGAGAGCUGUAUUCUCCCAUCUUUUUUUCUCCCAAAUAUAAAGAAUAGAAACUGUGUUUAGUCGUUGUGGCUGACACACUAAACGUCACAGCAGAAAUUUGGUUUUUAGAAUAAAGGACAAUGAAGUGCUUAAAAUAAAUGAUAUGUAUCUUGUGCCCAUUGGCAUAAUAUUCUAAUUAAAACAUCAUACCUUACCAUAAAA